UAGCAGCCGAGUUUUGACAACGCGCUUUCUCCGACACAGUUUCCCACAAGAACCCUGAAGUGAAUGCUGUUGGAAGUCCAUCCAUUUGUCAUGAAGCCUCCUGCUCUGUGUGAUGUAGACACCCGUCCAAGGAAGGAAAAGAAGAGGAGGAGGAUGGAGAGUCUGGCCUCGGAUCUCCGAGAAUCCUCACAGCCUGUGGAUGAGGCCUUGCCCAGGAAGAAACCAAAGAAAAAUCAAGAGGAGGAGACCAGCCUCCUUGCAGGAGACUUCCCUGUAUCUCCCUCUCCUCUGGUCAGAUUGACAGAUUGCCACAAUAGGAAGAAGAAGAAAAAGAAAAGGCAGGAGGAGGAAGGGAGAGAGGAGAGCUUUGAGGGAGGGAGAGGAGAGCAGCAGGAGGAGGUGGAGGAUGGAGGGAAUGAGACUGGUGAGAAAAAGAAGAAGAAAAAGAAGAAACACAGGCAGACACAGGAGGUGGAUAAUGGAGGGAAUGAGACUGUUGAGAAAGAGAAGCGAAAGAAGAAAUACAUGCAGACAGUGGUGCAAGAAGAGGAGGAGGAGGAGGAGGUGGGCAGAUUGAUAAUGGUCACCUUAGAAACCAAUGGGACAGGAAAGAAGACAAGAAAGAAGAAGAAGAAUCAUCCAACUGAGGAGAACCUUGCCAUGGAGACAGAUGACAGAAAAAGAGAGACAGACAGCUGGACAGAGGGAGACACGUCAGAACAAGAUCGCUGUGUAUCCAUGGGAACCAAGGAGAGCAGGAGGAAGCAGCGCAUGGGGCAGGCUGAAGAGAUGACAGACCAUAAUAACAGCAAGACAAUGGGAGGAAAUGACAGAAAAGAGAAGAAGGUUCCACAAAAACAGCAGUCCAGAACAACACAAGCAGCCUCACCAGAAACAGCGCCUCUCACGAAGACAGAGAAGACUGAAAAGAGUAAAAAGACUAAACGAAAACAGAAUGAAGAAAGAAAGGAGGUGGAGGAGCAAAACAGGGGGCCAAGGAAAAGAAGAAAGGAAGGGAAUGUAGGACAGGAUGGACAGAUGGCCUUAGUGGACCGAGGAACUCAGCAGGAAGUCAUGGAAAUCUUGCCGGAGGUGUUGGAGCUCCAGCACUUUAUUCCCAAUGUCUUGUCCAAGUCCCAGGAUCAAAUCAAAAAGCUGCUCCGAUAUGACCUGAGCCGCUUCCAAGAGUUCAGGAGGAAAGGCAUCACUCUGCGGAGUGGACGGUGCUCUGAUCAGGAGAACCAGCAAAUCAGAGACAACGUGGCUGACUUCCUGGUUUUGACGGGCAUCUCCUCGGCCAGUCAGCUGUUCUUCCCUCAGAGGUACAAGGAGCGGGAGGUGGAGAUCCGGAGGCUGAGAGUACAACACCGUUUCUUCGAGAGAAUCGCGGAGGAUAUCCCCAGGCCGUGUCAUCAGGUUCACAUCAGAGCAAAGAAGAUGUUCGACAAGCAAAACCACAUGGGCAGGUUUAGUGAGGAGGAGAUCCACACCUUGAAGAAACUCCAGAGGCUGCACGGAAAUGACUGGAAGACCAUCAGCCAGAAGAUGAACCGCAGUGUGUAUGCACUGGAGAAACGCUUCGCUCAACUUGCCUGUCGACAUGGAGCCUGGGACAGUGAGGAGGUAGACAGGCUGAUGCAGGCUAUGAUGGGCCUUUUCUGUCAAAAUGCAGCUGGUUCUAGUCCUGUUUGCCCUUGGCUCUCCAGAGAGCAGCUGAGUAACAACCUACCGUGGAAAGACAUUAGCGAGCAGGUCCAGACGCGCUCCUGGUCGCAGUGCCGCGAGAAGUGGUUCACUCACCUGAAAGAGAAGAUGGCAUGUGGUCGUCCAGCCUUCAGUGGAGGAAUCAAGACACUUGAGGCCAAACUCAACCUCAUCAACACGUUAUACAAUAUGAAAGCUGAGGAUGUCACUGAUAUCGACUGGGACCAGGUGGCUCAUGUUAUAGGGAAGGUGACCGCAUACUACCUCCAGAAGAGCUUUCACAGACUGAAGGUGUCCAGUAUUCCCAACUGGCCCACCCUGUCCUACUGUGAGAUUAUUGACUUCCUGCAGCAGAAUGUGGUUCCCCAGCUUAAGUCAAGACUGUCGAAAGUCAAAUCCGUCGAGUGGUUGAAGGCACAGGGCGACCAGGAUUUGUACCUCUUCUCCGAUAUUUUCUCCAAGAAAGAAGAGGAGGAGGAAGAGUCCAGGCUGACCACUGCCUAAUCAGACAAUGGGAUGAUGAACUGAAGGGGGACAUGAUUGGUUGCUGCAGACUGUCAUUCAUUUUUGAGUUGCACUUCGUGUUCCACCCCUACUACUGUCAUAGUAGAAAGGCAUCCCAUUGGACAAUAAAACUGUUGAUUGAAACAAAUCCAGACCAAUUUCAGGCUACCCUGCCCAAACUGAUUAUUCGGUGGCUGGGUAAGGGUAGGGCUGUCACGAUCAUGAAAUUUCAGUUAUUGAUUAAUUGUCAUACAAAUAAUCGCGAUUAAUACCCAGGGGGCAAAUGGGUUUUACAAAGUGGAAUGUUGUGAAAGGUUGUGCCCCAGAAAUGAUAUCUAGCAGCUUCUAGGAUCAUAACCUGGGUGGACAACCUGGUCAACUAGCUACUGGAAAGCUACAUGCAGCAAAAAUUGCAAAUGGCCGCCACGGUUUCCGCACCACCCUUUAACUGAAGGUAUUUGUGUUGUAUGUCAAACCAAACUGAGUUAAACUUAUCUGGGAAUUGAAAUGCUAAGCUGUUACUGCCAAAUUAAUACCCUGCUACUAAUUGUGCAACUCAAUGUCUCUGUUUUUAUGAAAAAUAUCCUAUUUUGAUAAUGAAAGAAACAAAAUUCUUGGUGGCAAAACAUUUAUUUCAUUUUAAUAAUCUCUUCUUGGUUAUUAACUACAGAUUGAUAUUGCCCAUCAGCAGAUAUGACAGAAUUAACAGAAGUUGAACACAAAAUAAUCCUUCACUUGGCCAGAACUAGAAAACAGGAUUGCCAUAACCUACACUGAAUACAAAUGUCCAAUGUUACAAUAAAUUUUGGU